ACACGUCGCCCUUGCGUAUCCACAACAACACUAUAAAAGACCAAAAGUUCAGAUUCCAACAGACAUUUCAAAGGAGCUGGACAACAGUGACACAGCAUCCCCAAAACACAGAUCCACAAUGAAGGCCUGGUUCGUUCUGUUGCUGUUGCUGCCUCUCUGCAUGGCGGAUUAUAACAUCGAGUGCUAUGGGGAGGAUUUCCUGAUGGUGAGGAACAUGGUGCUGUACUGCAGGAGUAAAGUUCCUCAGGCCUGCUAUACCAGAGGGACUGGAGAGAAAGGCUGCGUCAGCGUGGAAUUCUGUCAAAGGAAAGGCUGGAAAUGCUGUCAUGAAAACCGGUGCAACGCUUGAUCCUGCUAACAGCCAGCUUCCUUUAUCCUGUCAUCUUCAUUUACAUUUUAUAAUUAACACCAAUGCAACAACAUGAAAAAAAAGUAGGAAAAAAAUCAAUUAUGAUAAUUAGACUGUGAGUUUGUGCUCUUUAAUGUAGAUAGAAAUUGUCUAUGUUUACAUGCAUGCUUAUAAUACAGCAUGACGAAAUGAUAUUAGUCAUCCUGAAAUCAAUAAAUCAAGGUUUAUUUGUACAGAAGAGAACAGGCAGUUUUUCUGAGUCAGAGAGAAAUGUGCACACAACACAACCUCACUCUGUAACACUGACUGAAGCAAUCACUAAAGAACAUAAACAUCA